UGUGCGACGGCGCUGUCGUCCAGUCAAAUGGCAAGGUUUGGCGCAUGGGAGAGGGUGGGAGCUGGGUGGGAGUGCGAGGACCAGUCGAAGAGGAAGGGUGGGAGAAAGAAUCAUGAAUGGUGAUCAUGAUCGUGAGUUGACGGAGUUAGAAUAAUGUGACGAUGGAGGUGUUUGUGAACAUGAACAUUGUGAAGAUGGGUUUAUUUAGGAGGUUGACUACUUAGAAAAUGCUUCUACCUUCUCGCUCAUCUUUCUACAAGAAACGACGACGGCUAAUUUCGUUGGAAACAUGGCAGCAACAUUAGAAGCAAGCUAUCAACCUCUUCAAACGUUUGGGCCAGAUAUUGGAGAAGAAGAAACACCACAAGAUAGUGGUGUGAUGUUUCAUGUGGUCCCAGAAGGUGGAAAAUCAGCUCGCUGGAACCAUGUUGAAGACUUGGAUUCAUUCUUUGCCCGCAUGUACCACUACCAUCAAAAGCAUGGCUUUACGUGUAUGAUGCUGCAAGAAGGUUUAGAACUGCUUCAGUUUAUCUUCAUAGUUGUUUUUUCAACUUUCCUAUUUAGUGGUGUAAAUUAUUCUGUACUCUUUAGGGACGAUAUUCCCAGUCAUAAUAGGACUAAUCAUAAAGUCUCCCUUAGUGAUGCAGUUCUACCAUUAGAUGAAUGUAUUGGAAAUUUAGGUGUUUUUGCAUGGUUCUGCCUAUUUGUGGCACUUAUUUUCUGGUUUCUUCGAGCAGCUAAAGUUGUAUAUCAUACAUUUCAAUUUUGGGAUAUCAAAGCUUUCUUUAAUAGUGCUCUUAAAAUUCAUGAUAGUGAUCUUGACAAUUUGACCUGGAGUGAAGUUCAGCGCCGAAUUCGUGAAGUCCAACGUGAGCAACAAAUGUGUAUCCACAAGCAGGAUCUAUCUGAAUUGGAUAUUUAUCACAGAAUUCUCAGGUUCAAAAAUUAUUUUGUGGCGAUGAUUAACAAGUCUCUGUUACCUGUAAAAAUCCGGAUACCUUUCAUUGGGGAAAUUGUUUAUCUUACAAGAGGUUUGAAGUAUAACUUGGAACUACUCCUUUUUUGGGGUCCUUGGGCUCCAUUUGAAAAUAAUUGGCAUUUGAAGGAAGAUUACAAGAAAGUAGCCAAACGACAAGAACUGGCUCAACAACUGUCUAAAUACAUCCUGUGGGUGGGAAUUGUCAACUUCGUGCUGUGCCCACUUAUCCUCCUGUGGCAGAUUCUUUAUUCAUUCUUUAAUUAUGCCGAGGUCAUAAAACGGGAACCUGGCAGUUUAGGAUCAAGAUGUUGGUCACUGUAUGGAAGGCUCUAUUUGCGACAUUUCAAUGAACUUGAUCAUGAGCUGAAUGCUCGACUAAACAGAGCAUACCGUCCAGCUAGCAAGUACAUGAAUAUUUUUACAUCUCCUCUCAUGACGAUUAUUGCAAAGAAUGUAGCAUUUAUUGCUGGUGCCUGUCUGGCUGUUCUGUUAAUACUGACGGUGUAUGAUGAAGAUGUCAUUACAGUGGAACAUGUUUUGACAGCUAUUACGGUUCUUACAGUCAUUGUUGCAGGAAGCAGAGUGUUCAUACCUGAUGAGAAUUUAGUAUGGUGUCCUGAAAAACUUAUGACAGCAGUUCUUGCUCAUGUGCACUAUUUACCUGAUAGUUGGAGGGGACAAGCUCAUACACAUAAAGUUAGAGAAGAAUUUUCUCAACUCUUUCAGUACAAAGCUGUGUAUCUCGUGGAAGAGCUAAUGUCUCCUGUGAUAACUCCAUUCAUCCUCUGGUUUCAUGUGAGAUCAAAAGCCUUAGAUAUUGUUGAUUUCUAUCGAAAUUUCACCGUUGAAGUUGUGGGUGUUGGAGACGUAUGUUCAUUUGCGCAAAUGGAUGUGAGGAGGCAUGGGAAUCCCACGUGGCAUGGGGGAGGUCUCGUGCCACCAGUGCCGAUGGGUCCUCAAGCUGGAGACGCAGGAAAAGUUACCAAACCUAUUCUAUCGAAUCAUUAUACUCAGGCCGAAGAUGGAAAAACAGAAUUGUCUCUAGUUCAUUUUACACUCACAAACCCUGAUUGGCAGCCACCGUGUGAAGCAGAGAAUUUUGUAACAGCAUUGAGAAACCAGGCGAGAAGAGACGCUGGACAGUUAACUGCUGCGCUCAAUCCCGCUGACAAUGCCUUUUUGUCCUCCUUGCAGUCAUUAUAUAGUCUUGGUGGUGGGAUAAACAGCUUGGUAGCAAGCAUUUUCCGUGGCAAUGCUGCUGUGGGAGCUGGAACUGAUUCUACACUGGGUUUGGGCUUCCAACCUGUGUAUGCUCACACAUCUGCAUCAUCUGGUCAACCUGGUGGUGAUCGCACAGCAGCAAGUGCUGAUUCAUCAGCGUUCCCUGCUGUGCGGGGUGGACUUAGUCGGGCAGAAGGGCCUCUCAUGGUAGAUAGAGGACUCUUGUACAGCAUUCAUCAAGGUAUAUCAAGCACCUCAAUGGGGGCAUCUGUGUUUGGAGCAGGCCUUGAUUUGCCUCCUGAAACAGAUCCUCUUGAAUUGACAGCUGCUGAUAUGAGUUUGGGCACGCUCUACCUCCAUGAAUUACAUCAUCGACAGGUACGUCGAAGAAAUUAUCAAGAGAUUAAUGUUAGUCAUGGUGUUUGGCAAAGGCCUCAUCAAGACAUGCCAGGCAUCAGAGAACAUCGAGAAGAAACAGUGGAAACUUCUCGUUUUGCUGAACGAACUCCUCUACUGGACGCAUCCAUGCGCCCUCACAAACCAUCCUAGCAGCACUGUUCUCAGAUACAUUGUACAUUUUGAGGUUUGCUAAGUGUGACUCGUAUAGUGUAGUGAUAUAUUUGAUUUUGUAUGUGUUGUUUUUACUUACGAAGAUUUUUAGUGUGACAUCGUCAAACGAUACUGUGAAAUGUGACGCUGAUAAUUGUGAUCAAGUAUUUUCAAAGGUUAUGACUUUAGAGCUUGCUACUUCUACAUCUGACCAACUCAUAUUGCACCAAUUUAACAUUUUAAGCAUUCUUCAUGAAUUAGUAAUUUAAUAAAAACUGCCGUUAAAUAGCCGUUUUUUGUAAUCCAAUGUUGAGUAACUCAUUGGUAUUGUUUUGCAAAUUGUGAUAAUGAAGAAAUAUCUAUAUGUUAUUACUGUUUUCUUAUUUUGAGUUUAUUAAAUUAUUUCAAACCUUCAUUCCC